ACCUUCGUAACGUAUGUCAACGACAUAUCUCACCGAUUUCUUUCAGACGGUCUGCCUGUCGUUGAUCUGUGGCACGGCCGACGUGGUGAUUGUAAAGAAUGGCCGCAACGCAACUGAACCGAGCUCGCACCAUCAAGAAAGUCGAAAAACCUCGGCCACUUAAACUUAAUCAACGCCACUCGACCGUCGAUGGGCGGAUUACGACUGUGGAGGACAUAGUGUCCUUAAUCGACAAUGUUGCUAUGCAACUGACCAAUGGCUUCCAUGACCGAACGCUGCAAAUGAACGUGAUUACGAUGUGUAAUCACUUGAAACUUUAUGCCCAUCAGCUAGAAGCUAUUUAUAAAGACCAGCUGGACAGAGCUUUUGUGGCGAUCAGAAAUGGAAGUCAAGACGAAAAAUUAGAUCUGACGACUAGGGUUCACCUGCUGGAGCUGAUUGAGUUAAGAGCUAAACAAUGGCGUCACACCGAUUCUAUGGACGUGUAUUAUACACAGAAACUGUCCCAUCUGGAUAAUACAGAAGCAAUUCCUGACACGCCUACGAACGCGUUAUCGUCACCCUUGGUAGCGAUGACUUCACCUACUGCUGCACCUAUCUUGGGACCUGGAGAAGUUAUAAAGAACAGCGGGAAAUUCGUCAAACCAACGCGUAUACCUGGAAAGAACUAUUGCAAAGACGAAGUUGUUAUACGUAACAGUGAUUCUGGUAAAGUGAUGGGAAUAAAAGGGCGGCGGGUUCACAUGAUCGAAGAGCUCAGCCAGACAAUCAUCUCCUUCCAGCGAGUAAACCCUGGAGCCAAAGAACGACUUGUCCAAAUCACGGGUACCUCCGAGGACAAGAUACAUUAUGCGAAGGACUUGAUAAAAGAUACGAUUCAACGAAAUGCAUCGCCGGUGAGAUUAGAGCAAGGCGGAGGAGAGAAGGGAGCUAUGGGUGGUUCUAGUUCCUCGCUAAACAGCAGUGCAUCGGAUGAAAGUAAUCGAUUACAACACGAGCAACAAAACUCUCGCUUACGAACUUCGCUCCUCCACAGCUUAUCCACCAACGACGCCAGUAUAGGCGAAUAUAAAUACACGGUUACCGUUGGUAACCAAUCAUUAAAGAUCACAGGAUGCAAUCUUGAUCUUGUUAGGACUGCUAAGCUGGUUCUAGACGAGUAUUUCUUGGGAGAAGAAAACUUUACGAGUGGUAUAGAGUACUUCAAUUUCGAAGAAGAAUCUCCUUAUUCGAUCUCGUCUUCCAACGCGCAGAAAACACCGUCAACUCCAAGUAAUACGAAUGAAGCAGUGCAAGAGUUAAACGUGAACAGCGGCGCGAUUUCGGAAAGCGAAGAUACUUGUAAACUUCGCGCGAUCUCUGAAAUGAACGCAUCGACUCAGGAAGUUCCAGAAAUCAGAGAACUCACGUAUGAGUUUUUGUUGCUGUGUUCUACAGGCCCCUACGCUAAACGGCCACCGCCCGAUUGGGCUCGCAUCCAAAAGGAGUGCCCCAACAUCGUUCGCAAGGAACCGAUUCGCUGGUUCGAACCGGAGACAUAUAAAGCUAAAGUAGCAGCAGCUGGUCUUGUUACAGUAUUGCCGAUCGGGGAAGGAGAAACUGAUCCAGAAUGAAAUUGAAGACGUCAGAAAAUUUGGACAUCAGGAAAUUGUAUGUAUUAAUUUACAUUAAUAAUCUAUCUCGAUAUAUUGUGACCGAUUUUUGAUAGCAAACAGAUAAACGUUUGUGAAUGAAUAAACGCACAAUAUAUUUGGAGAUUACUGAUGAACGUAUAAUAAUUUCUGAGUGUAAUAACGUUGUAGGCAUCGCUCAAUUCAACUGCAGCAAUACAAGUUCAAUGGUUUAAAAAUGUUCAAAUCUAAAUUGUUUUUCAUACGUAAUAUAAUAUUUUGAUAAGCAUUUAUGCUUUUGUAUUACAUUCGUAUGCAACUUACUGAAAUCUGCUAAAUUGCUAUUUUAUUACUUAAUUGAAUUCAAUGCUUCGUACGUGUUUCGUAGUACAUAAAACACAUCUAUUAUUUUUAUUAAUUUAGUGUUAUUACUACUACCACUACUACUACUACUGCUACUACUAUUAUUAUUACCAGCACUAUUUCUAUGACUGUUAGAUGAUUCAUACAAACACUUAUGAAAGACAAUAAAAUGAUUUUUAUAUUUUUAGUAUUAUAAAUCAAAUUGCAGUACUCGUAAAAAUAUAACUUAGCAUGAUUUCCAAUAACCGGAUACGUUAUUAUCUAAGAUAACAGCAUUUCCAUUUAUUUCAAUUGGAUUGCUAUCAAUCGAAUCGAAAAACAGAAAUGAUUAUAAUUUACACUCGGGAGCGUAUAAAUCCGUGGAAGUAUGUUUUAGUAUUCGAAGAAUGCUUACACUCUUUACGUGUAACAUUUAUUUUGUUACGCUUAACAAAUCGUAACAAAAUAGUGAUUUAGCAUACGCUGAAUAGUCUAGUCUAUACCUUUUUAAAAAUAGGAACUACCAUUUUGGUAAUUACUCUGCUGUGACAUAUUAACCAAAAAGAUAAUUAAAAUAAAAAAAAUAUGAUUUUUCAUUUAAUCCUAAAUCAAGAUUUUAUAUUUUAUGUACCAUAACUGAUAUGAUACGGAUAUGCGUAGUAUGUAUUAUUAAUUGUACGGAGAGGUACGGAAAGAAAAAUUCUGUCGAUUUUUAUAUUGUUUAUCAAUAAGACUAAUAUAUAAUUUUCAAUGUUGCAUACAAAAUCGAUGUACUAUAAUCGACGAGAGUUUAUGUCCUCUUAGAGAUUUCAAUAAGACGUCGCUUCGUUAUCGUAUUAGUUUCCCUUGUUUCAAUUAAAAUUGUUAUUUAUUGUAAAUGUUUCAUCAGCCAGAAAUUUUAUGUUCAAUCAAUUUCGAUUCGACGCCCCUUUGUUUCGAACAUACGUUUCAUCUUCUGGCUUGGAACAUCGAUAUUAUUUAAUUUAUAUUUAUUUUGCUCGGGACUAAAUCGAAUUGCACAGACUUGGGAACGUCA